CAAAUCAAUUAAAAAAAACGUUUACAAACCGUCAAAUAGAUCAUUAUUAUUGAUGGGGUGGGUUUAAAGAAAUAAAAUUUAAAUAUUGUUCCUGGACAUUUUUGUAUUUGUCUCAAUAUGUUUACAUAUUUUCUUAUUUAAAUUUGGUAAAAAACUAGAACAUUUAAUUAACAGGUCUGGUUUAAUCCUCUACUCUGAUGUCCCCACUGUUGGUUUAUUUACAAAACUCAGUGCAUGUGGAUGUUGACACUGGAACUUCCAGACAGUCAGGACGUUUUUCUUUGAACAAACAUUCAACUAAUUGUGAGCGUACAUGAGCAAACACAGCGCUGUACUUUGGAGUGAUGGUGGUGUGUGUUUGUGUGAGGACACCAGAGCAGUUUGGAAUGGCUCUCGUUCCUUUGUCUGUCUUGUGUUGCCUGCUUUUGGACUUUCAGCUGGGAUAUGGAGCCCCAGCUCCCGCCUCAGGCCCUGUGUUCCUGUCCGGUCAGGCAGCUGACAACGUUCUGCGGAGACACAAACGCUAUAACACUGGUGUGUUUGAGGAGUUCCAGGAAGGCAACCUGGAGAGAGAGUGUAUAGAGGAAGUGUGUGACCUGGAAGAGGCCAGGGAGGUCUUUGAGAACGAUGACAAGACAAUGGAGUUCUGGGUUGGAUAUAUAGAUGGCAAUCAGUGUAAAUCAAGCCCGUGUCUGAACCAGGGGUCGUGCACAGACCAACUGGGCUACUACACCUGCACGUGUCCGUCUGGCUUCACUGGCAGGAGGUGUGAGAUCGCUAUAGCAAAAAGGUGUGAUGUGAACAACGGAGACUGUAUGCAAUUCUGUGAAUCAAUGAGAACCGUUGGAGCAAAAUGCUUGUGUGCGAGAGGAUACAGGCUGCUGCAGGACGGAGUUAACUGUGAAGCAGAAGUGGAGUUUCCAUGUGGCAGAACUGCCCUGACAGAGGUGAGUGCAGUACUCUCUCGCUCUCUGUUCGGCCAUGGGAAUGCCAGCCUGCAGAACACCACAGCUCCGACCAUCAUCUCCACUACUGCAUCCCCUCCUUCAACUCCAGCCAGUACCCCGGCGGUUUUCCGUGAUGCUGAGGCCCCCGUGCCUAUUAAACGCAUUGUAGGAGGCUCGGCGGUGAUCCCAGGCGAGAUCCCAUGGCAGGUAGCCUUGGUAGAGCGUUCUGGUCAUUUCUUCUGUGGGGGCUCCAUCCUCAGCGAUCAAUGGGUUAUCACUGCUGCUCAUUGCCUGAUGGAGGCAGGACGCUCCUUCUUCAUCAGAGUAGGAGAGCAUAACAUCAACAUCAAAGAGGGCACGGAGCAGGAUUAUGACGUGUCGGAGCAGCACAUGCAUCCCAGAUAUAAUGGCACUCUAAGCUUGUAUAACCACGACAUCGCCCUGCUGUACCUCAAAAACCCCAUCAGCUUCUCCACCACAGUCCGACCCAUCUGCAUCGGGCCCAAGGCCUUCACUGAGGCCCUGGUGAAGGAGUCUACCCUGGCCACGGUCAGCGGCUGGGGCCGGAUGCGCUUCCUCGGGCUCACGGCGGACACUUUGCGGAAGGUCCAGGUUCCCUUCACAGGCCGGACGGAGUGUAAGCGCAGCAGCAGCGCCAGGAUCACUCCCUUCAUGUUCUGCGCAGGAUACUACGACGAGGCCAAAGACUCUUGUCAGGGGGACAGUGGAGGGCCCCACACGAACAGUAUGCACGACACAUGGUUCCUCACGGGCAUUGUGAGCUGGGGGGAGGAAUGUGCAAAGCAGGGGAAAUAUGGUGUGUACACCCGGGUGUCCCUUUACUACCGCUGGAUCAACUAUGUGAUGGGGAUAACUAAACACAGGCUGGCUAUUGAUGUGGAAGACCCUGACCCUGAAAUUGAUGAAUUAUAGAUUUCAAGAAUAUGAAUGGUAAACAAAUGUUAAAAUCUCUUUUUGCUUUCUAAUGUUUUGCACACGAUAGUAGUUUGAUAACUAAAGGCAUUAAUACAUAAUUUACAUUGACCGAAGAGCCAUUAAAAUCCACCAUGCCGAUUUCAUACAAAACCAUUAUAAGGAAUACCCAGGUAAAGAAAAUAAUGCUAUAUGUGUACUUUUACAAACAUUUGAAAGAUACUUACGUGAUUUUCUAUGUCAUUCGAUAUUGGAUAACAAAUAUUGUGAAAUAAAUCACAUCAAAUGUA